AUGGCAAUCAUAGAAAAACCUAAUGCCUGUUCAGGCUUUCAGGUUGUUGACCUGAACUCGUGUUUUGCCGGCGACUUCAGUGAUAUCAAACAAGAAACAGAAAUUGGAACGGAUGAUUCGCCAAUUUUAUUAAUGUCAUCAUCAGCUUCAAGAGAAAAUUCAAACACUUUCUCCGUGAUACAAAGGACCCCGGAUGGAAAGAUCAUCACGACAAAUAAUAAUAUGAACUCCAAAAUCAACAAACAACUGGACAAAUUGCCCGAAAAUCUAAGACUGAACGGUAGGACCCCCAGUGGGAAACUAAGAUCUUUUGUCUGCGAAGUUUGUACAAGAGCCUUCGCAAGGCAGGAGCACUUGAAAAGACACCACAGAUCUCAUACAAAUGAAAAACCUUAUCCUUGUGGUCUAUGUAACAGGUGCUUUACCAGAAGGGAUUUAUUGAUCAGACAUGCCCAAAAGAUUCAUAGCGGCAAUUUAGGUGAAACAAUUUCACAAGGCAGAAGAUCAUCUAGAACUAUAACCAAGACUCGUAAAAAUUCUGCCUCUUCAGUUAAAUUCCAAACUCCUAAUUAUGGGACUCCAGAUGAUGGCAAUUUUUCGAACCGCGCCACCACCGCCACCACCACCAAUGCAACAAGAAAGACAAGCCCCAGCGCUAUUGCGAAACGUAAGUACUUGAAAAAACUCACCCGCAGAGCUUCAUUUAGUGCUCAGUCUGCCUCAAGCUAUGCCUUGCCUGACCAAUCCGAGGUGGAACAACACCCAAAAGAUCGCGUCAAAUUUUCCACGCCUGAAUUGGUUCCACUGGAUUUGAGGACCCCUGAACUUAACUCUACUGUUGAUUUUAAUUUAAAUGUAGAUUUAGGUUUAAGCCUAGAUUCAAACUUCAACAUGGCAUUAAACCAUUCCGAUUCCUCUGGCUCCACCAUGAAUCUGGACUAUAAAUUGCCCGAAGCUGCAAAGAAUUAUACGUAUUCUUCCGGAUCACCCACUACUGCGUAUAUCGGCACUCACUCGAAUCUCAAGAAUGCCUCAUUCAACGAUGCGGAUUUAUUGUCGUCGUCAUACUGGAUAAAAGCAUACAAUGACCAUUUGUUUUCAGUCUCUGAAAGUGAUGAAACCUCUCCAAUGAACUCUGAAUCAACCGACAAUAAACUGAUGGUUCCCGGUUUGAAAUCAGCUAUCAAUCAAUGGAGCGACUCAAGGUCCUCCUCUUGGACUGCUGCCGUAGACAACAGUAAGGGUUCUACGAACAAUACUGACUUCGUCGACUUCCAAGACUUGUUAAGAAACGACACAUUAGGCACUGACUCACUGCAAACCUCUGCAAUUUUGAAAGGGUUCGAUAUUUUACACGAUGACAGUGUAAGCGCUACUGCGACUUCUAAUGAAAUUGGUCUUUCCCACCUGAAUUUAUCCAAUUCUCCAAUUUCUCCGCAUAGGUUAGUUUAUAAGAAUAAAGAGGGAAGCAAUGACGAUGUCAUGGUUUCUUUCGAAUUAGACCAACCUUCCCAUCGCGAAGAUGAUUUGGACAAACUGUGUAACAUGACAAAAGAUGUUCAAACUAUCUUUGAUAAAUAUAUGAAGGGAGAGGAGUCUAAACGAUCACUGAAUGAUUUUUUGUCAACCUCCAAUGGAAAAGAAAAUCCGGAUAGUGGCAAUUAUACCUUCUAUGGAUUAGAUUGCUUGACUUUAUCAAGAAUUUCAAGGGCAUUACCGGUAUCCAAUAUAAACCAUGACCUGCAAACAUCUCGUCCUCCGGAAUCCACGCUAUUCAAUGAGUCAUUGAGAAAUAUGUGCGUCAAAGUGCUAAAAUACUAUACUAAACUCAAUCACGAUGCCAAUGGAAAUUCCAUGGAUUCAAAUCCAAACCUGCUCUCUAAAGAAUUGUUGAUGCCAACUACAACUGAGUUGAACGAAUAUUUGGAUCUUUUCAAAAAUAAUUUUCUCCCCCACUUUCCCAUUAUCCAUCCAAGCCUACUCGACUUGGAUUUAGAUAACUUACAGCGGUAUACCAAUGAAGAUGGGUAUGAUGAUAUUGAAAACAUUCAACUGUUUGAUCGUUUAAGUCAAGGUACAGAUAAGGAUUAUGACUAUGAACACUAUCGAAUUUUGUCAAUUUCCAAAAUCGUCUGUCUCCCCUUGUUUAUGGCUACUUUCGGUUCUCUGCAUAAAUUUGGUUACAAAUCCCAAACAAUCGAACUGUAUGAGAUGAGUAGAAGAGUUUUACAUGCUUUUCUAGAGACUAAAAGGCUAUGCCGCAGUACAGCCGUGAAUGAUAAUCAUCAAAAUAUUUGGUUGAUGCAGUCCCUAAUAUUGAGCUUCAUGUUUGCUCUAGUGGCUGAUUACUUGGAAACGAUUGAUUCUUCUUUGAUGAAAAGACAACUGUCUGCAUUAUGUUCUACAAUUAGAUCAAACUGUUUACCAACAAUUUCUGCAAAUUCCGAAAAGAGUAUCAAUAGCAAUAAUGAACCUUUAACGUUUGGUUCCUCACUCCAGUACAUCAUUUUCGAAUCAAAAAUCAGAUGCACAUUGAUGGCUUAUGAUUUUUGCCAAUUCCUGAAAUGCUUUUUCCAUAUCAAGUUCGAAUUGUCCAUAAAGGGAAAUGAUGUUGAUUCUAUUUAUAUACCCGAUAAUGAGUCGAAAUGGUCAAGUGAAUCGAUAAUAUCUGGUAGGCAUACCGUGCAAAAGCAAAACUUUUAUGAUUUUAGGAAUUUCUAUUACAGUUUCACUUAUGGUCACUUGCACUCAAUACCGGAGUCCUUAGGAUCCUCCAUGAUUUAUUAUGAGUAUGAUUUAAGGAAGGGCACUAAGUCUCAUGUGUUCCUAGAUAGAAUCGAUACGAAAAGAUUAGAGAAGAGUUUGGAUACUUCUUCUUAUAGCAAUGAUAAUGUGGGAACAACUAGUAAUAGUAUUCCAAUUUUAAUUGAUGACACUAUAAUUUUGAAGAAUAACCUAAUGUCAAUGAGAUUUAUUAAGCAGAUAGACCGUUCCUUUACUGAAAAGGUUAGAAAGGGACAAAUCACAAAGAUAUACGAUUCCUUCUUAGAUUCUAGGAAAUUAAACUUUUUGAAGAAUUAUUCAGUUGAAAUAUUAUGUGAAUUUUUGGUUGCACUAAACUUUUCAAUUCGUAAUAUUUCAGCUUUAUACAUUGAAGAAGGCUCAAGUGAUGCCCGCCAGGGGUUGCUGGAGGAACCAAGAAUCUAUCUGAAUAAGCAAGCGCUCUCUGUUUUCAAUUUACAAGGCUACUACUAUAGCUUCAUCUUAAUCAUAAAAUUCCUGCUGGAUUUUGAAGCAACACCCAAUUUCAAGUUAUUAAGGAUUUUCAUCGAAUUAAGGAGCCUUGCAAAUUCCACUUUGCUUCCCAAAUUGUCAAAAUUAUAUCCUCAAGAUUUUUCCGGGUUUUCAGAUGUUGUAUUGAUGCAACAAGUUAUAAAUAAUACAAACGGCGUAAACGGUCCUGAUUCAUCGAUGAACGAACGCAACAGUAGUGCAUUUGCGGUUGUAAAGUCCAAAUUGGCUAAGAGGAUUAAUGUUGAGGGAUUAGAAAUGUUCAUUAAUGAAAUCUUGGUCAAUUCUUUCAAUGAUACUUCCUUUUUAAACAUGGAGGACCCUAUCCCAAAUGAAUUCUCUUUUGAUACUGGGGAGAGGUCAGUCAUAGACGCGACUUAUCCACCACAUUUUCCAUUAAAUUCGGGUAUAGAAGGAAUUAACGUCAGUGGUCUAAGUGACUCGCAUCAAACUGUUUCUACCUUGAAUCUUCUGCGUUAUGGGGAACAUCACUUGUCCGAUCAUACUAAAGGUGAAAAGGGACAAGGUUUUGCUGAAAAGUAUCAGUUAUCUCUUAAAUAUGUUACCAUCGCAAGGUUAUUUUUCACCAAUGUUAAAGAGAAUUACAUUCACUGUCAUAUGUUAGACAAGAUGGCUGGUGAUUUCCGUACUUUGGAAGAUUACUUGAAGGAGGUCAGAUGA